UAUCUCUAGAAGGUGGGACGUACCCAUGUAAACAGCUAAGCUCAGUGCACAUACAACUCAGCAGGAUUGGUUUCUCUACCUUGGAUUUAAACACUUAAACCGCACUAAAAGAUGUCUGCAUCACCUCCUCCGGUGGUCCCGAGAAAGCCUUCAGGCGUCCGGGUCAUGAUAACCCCAGGAGAGCAGCCUCCUCCCGGUAGCCUUCCCAUUUACACAGGUUCUGGCAAAGAGAUUGGUGCCAACUUGGAUUCAAAUCAUAUAUCUCAGUUGAAUGCAGAGAGAGAAGUGGAGAUUAUGAAUCACUGUUUUGACGAUGUGGAGCGAUUCAUGGGACGGUUGCAGCAGACAGCCGAGGCCCAGAGUAUCCUCAACCAAAGGAAGAAGAAGAGUAGCAGGAAGAGCAAGAAGAAGGGGAACGAAAAUGAUGAUUUGUUGAUCAUGAAAGCUUACCCUCCGUCAGAGGAAGACUUCGUGGAUAUCUUUCAGAAAAUCAAGUACUCCCUCAGUCUGCUGGACCGUCUCAAGUCUUCCAUUGCACAGCCGGACGCACCAGACCUGCUGCAUCACAUCUUUGUGCCUCUGAGACUAAUGGUAAAUACCACUGGAGGGCCAGCUUCAGCUAUGUCAGUGGUUAGUCCUGCUAUGACCAGUGGUGCUGUUUCACUGCUCCAGGAGCAUCUGACUGAAGAGGAAAAGGAGCUCUGGACUUCAUUAGGGUCCAACUGGACUUCACCCUGUUCGCAACUUAAUGUGUCUGUUCCUCCAUAUUCACCUGUCUUCCUGGACGGAUGGCAGCCUCAGGCCUACGACUCAGCUGGCCAGCCGUUCGAGGAUCCCGUCGAGUUGCAGCACAAACAGGAUGCCCUCAGGGAAAGUAGGGAGGCACAAAAUUUACAUGACCAAGCUCGACAAACAGCGGAGAGCCCUGGUGAAAGCACUGAGGCAGUAGAUGGAAACGGGCUCCCACCAGAAGGUGAGAGACUUUACUGCUGCAGUUAUGACUUUGUGGCAAGAAACAGCAGUGAACUUUCUGUACUACAAGGAGAAACACUGGAGGUAAUCGAGUCAUCAAAGCGAUGGUGGAAGUGUCGGAAUCGCUUCGACCAGAUAGGGUUUGUUCCCUUUAACAUCCUGGAGCCUCUGUCAGCUCUGAAUAACACAGAGAGAGACAGCUCAGUGGUACGCAGGGAGUCAAAGAAGAUCCCACUUUCCCCUCCAGCAAAGUACUUCACAUUUGCUCCAUCAAGCCCAGUGGGGACCAGUCCUACAGCUAUAAGCCCAACAGCGCGACCCCAGAGCAUGGUUUUACCAUCUACAACAAUGGGAGAGGAAAGUGACCGAGUCCUGAUAAUGAACGAUGAGCUUCUUCAGCGGAUAGCUGGGAAAAGAGGCUCAGGCCGUCCGCUGGUGGUCCCCCGCUCACCUGACACGUCCACUCCCCUGAACUACCACUCGCCACCUGCUGAGGUGGAGGCCUGGCUCACCGCAAAGGGCUUCAGUCAGCAGACAAUUCAGAGUCUGGGCAUUUUAACUGGAGCGCAGCUAUUUUCCCUGAACAAGGAGGAGCUCCGUGCUGUGUCACCGGAGGAAGGUGCAAGAGUUUACAGCCAGAUAAUGGUGCAGAAGGCCCUUCUCGAGGAUGUGCGCAAAGCCACGGAGUUAGAGACGGUGAUGGAGAAGCAAAAGCUGAGGAUUAGCAGGAACUUAGAGGGUGAAGUAUUUGACUGAGCCUUCCACAUCCACUAAUACAGAUGUGGCAUCAAAGAUCAACGGACAUAAAUGUUGUCUUGCUUAUCCAACCGGGGGCACAACUGUUGCAGAUGGAGCGCAAUUCCUUAAUCACACAUUAUUGUGUUUCUCCUGUGCUACAGACUCAUCAACAAAAGCAAAACGUCUUAUAUAACUCUCUUAUACUGGAACGAUAUUUUCUCUUUUCUUUUUUUAACGCGUUUUUUUUUUUUAAACAGAGGCGCUUUAAACUCCUUGCCAAAGCUUACUAAAGUUGUUCAGUCCAUUUAUUUUUUAUCACCUUUUUUUUUUUUUACAGUUGAAAUCUUUCUAUUAUCCUUUGUUUAGGCAAUAUUUGGGAAAUGACAAUAAACACAAAUGCCGCACAAUUGACAGAAUCACAUAAAAUGAUUGAUAUUGCUGUAAAACAAGUACGAUAACAACGGACUGAAACUGCUUUGCAGAGCUUUAAAACCCACGAAAUGUGCAUUAUCUUAAAAGUGUUUAUGUCUCCACAGAAUCGUCAGCUGUCAACCUGUAUUAAGGCAAUGUGGCUUGUUGCAGCCAGAUGUUGUUUAAGACUAAAUACACAUUAAACUGUCCUGAGUGUACAGUUUCACUCCUGACUCUUUCUAUGAGAUGAAAAUGUUUUCAGAUGUUGCAUUUUCCAUUGUGAUUUCAGCUGUGCUGCACAUCAUAACAUA